GAUAAUUCUUCCGUACCGCGUGUUUGCUUGCUCCAUUAAUGUGUUGAAAAUUUGAAAAAUAAUUUCUAAAAACUCGUCGAGUGCUGAAUGUAAUUUCGUAAUUUAAAGUUAAUUAAUGAACAACGGAUUUAGCGCAUCCGUGCUACGGAUUUGUUGAUUGGUAUCUUGUAAUUAAGCGUUCUAUUCACUAUGAUUGUGUUAUUUGAAACUGCUGCUGGAUAUGCAUUGUUCAAACUUCUAGAUGAACACAAACUACAAAAGUCCGAUGAUUUAUAUAAAGAUUUCGAAACCCCGGAGCGUGCCACUAAAAUAAUCAAAUUGAAGCAUUUCGAAAAAUUCAAGGAUACCACCGAAGCAUUAGCUGCUACAACUGCCGCGGUCGAAGGAAAAUUGACGAAAUCAUUGAGAAAGCUGCUGAAGAAACAAGUAGCUGAUGGCUUGCAAGAGCAACUGUUGGUAUCGGACGCUAAAUUGGGAAAUGCCAUUAAAGAAAAAUUGGAAUUGAACGUGGUUUCGAAUAACGCUGUCAACGAGCUAAUGCGAUGCAUACGACUACAGACGGAAAGCUUGAUCAGCGGACUCUCGAAAAAAGAUAUUACUGCGAUGGAGUUGGGCUUAGCUCACAGUUUAUCUCGCUACAAAUUGAAAUUCAGCCCGGAUAAAGUUGAUACGAUGAUUGUGCAAGCGGUCAAUUUACUCGACGAAUUAGAUUCAGAGCUCAAUAAUUACGUGAUGAGGUGUCGCGAAUGGUACAGUUGGCAUUUCCCCGAAUUGGGUACCAUCCUGACGGAUAAUAUGCAGUUCAUCAAGACGAUCAAGAUUAUUGGCACGCGGGAUAACGUGAAAAAUUGCGAUUUGUCUGAUAUAUUAUCGGAAGAUAUCGAAGAACGUAUAAAAACUGUCGCUGAGAUGUCUAUGGGGACUGAAAUAACCGAAGACGAUAUCACUAAUAUUUGGUUUUUGUGUGAUCAGGUCGUAGAAAUCACCGAAUACCGUGCACAGCUUUAUGAUUACCUUAAAUCUAGAAUGAUGGCUGUGGCUCCUAAUCUAACUGUAUUACUCGGCGAAUUUGUCGGUGCGCGUUUAGUGGCCCAAGCUGGUUCGAUAUUAAAUCUCGCCAAGCACCCUGCUUCUACCGUUCAAAUUUUGGGUGCUGAAAAGGCGUUAUUCAGAGCGCUUAAAACUCGAAAAGAAACACCGAAAUACGGUUUCAUUUAUAAUUCACCACUGGUUGGUCAAGCUAGUCAACCACUUAAAGGAAAAAUUUCCAGAAUGUUAGCUGCUAAGGUUGCUUUGGCGACCAGAGUCGAUGCGCUGGGCGACGAUCCGAGUUUGUCGUUAGGAGUUGAUCAUAAAGCUAAUUUAGAAUACAGAUUACGUAUGAUGGAAGAAGGUUCGUUGAGAAGAAUCAGUGGCACGGCAAAAGCGAAAGCCAAAUUUGAGAAAUAUCACGUGAAAAGCGAAGUAAUGCAAUACCAGUCUGCAGCUGAUUCUACGUUACCGAGCGGAAAACGCAAAUUCGAAGCUGAAGCUACCGUUAAACCACCCUUAAUUGAGGAGAUAGGUUCGGACGAACCUAAGAAGAAAAAGAUCAAAAAAGAAGUUGUGGAAGUGAAACAAGAAGCCGAAGAAGAACCAGAGCCUGCGACAGAAGAAGUCAAGAAGAAGAAAAAGAAAAAGAAGAAGAAGUCGGAAUCGCAAGAUUGAAGCUAAUGUUAAAAUUCCCAUGUUAUACGAUACAAACGAUCAUUGUGUGUGCUCUUUUUAAUAAAGUAAUUUACUUUUAUCAA